AUGGAAUCUACUGAGGCUAAGAUAACGAGUUAACUUUAAAACAUCAAUCUUACAAUAUAAGAUGAGAAAUCUAAAUUUUGGGAUAACUUCUCCUCUGUUUAUGAUCAAUAAGUUACAAGAAUGGCAACUCAGCCAUUCAUAACUCUUUGCACCCAGGCAAAUACUUUCUAAUGUAAAAGAAUUCUAGAGGUUGCAUGUGGUGGUGGAUAUCACUCACUUAUGGUUGCAAAAACAAUGCUUUCAAAAGGAGGGGCCUUAGUAUCUUGCGAUUUCAGUGGUAAGAUGAUGGAACUAACCAAACAAAAAUAUGAUGAUCUAAAUUGGAGCUCUGGCUACACAGAUGUAGCUGGAAAUAAAUAUUAUAUUACUUCAGAGUCAUUGCUGCCUCUAGGAGAUCACUCAUUUGACCUUGAGGAGGAACUUAAGAAGCAUGUUGAAAAUGAAAAUGACAGAUUCGUAUUUGGUUGCCAAGCUAACAAUGAAUCUCUACCUUUCAAGGAUGACACUUUUGACUGCUAUCUGGCUAAUUUGUCACUUAUGCUUGUUGAUAAUCAUAAGAAUCAAUUAUCUGAGGCAUUAAGAGUUUGCAAAAAAGGGACAAGAUUCGCCUUUACUGUUUGGGGAAGUGAAGAAAAGAAUAAUAAUUUCAAAAUCCUUAAUAUGCUUAUUGAUAAGUUCAAGAUUGGACCUGCUGAGAAGCCAGUCAAAACAAACUUUCACAUUAGUUAAAAUAAGGAAGCAGUAAGAUAGGAAAUGAUUGAAAUGGGUUUUUCCAACAUCAAAAUGUGGUUCUAACCUAUGAACUUCCCUUAUCAAAACUUUGAAGAGUAUUGGGCAACUAUAUUUGGUUAACCCCCAGCUCAAGCAGCAAUGGCUAAAUUAGACGAUGAAGGAAGAAAACAAAUUAAGCUUGAAGCUGAAGAACUUUACCAUCAACUUCUAGGUGAAGCAACCCUCAUCAGUACAACUAGGAGCCCCAUCACAAAUCAAACUCAAAAUGCCUUUUCAUUUGGACAAAGCUCAGGCAAUAACCCAUUGCUGAAAUAAUAAGCCUAACCAAAUGAUCAACAAAAAAUCACUAAUCCAUUUGGAUUACUCAAUCAAAAUCAGAAUAGGGAUUGCUCAAGCCUAAAAUUCCAAUAAAAACAUAGAAAGGCCAAAGAAGAAAUAAAGAAAGACUAGCUUAAGGAAUAAUAGAAGGAAGUCUUCGGCGCUUAAAAUUAAGCAUCUGAUAAACAACCAAGCGAUAUUUUCAUAAAAGGUGCAAAUAAUUUAGAUCCUUUUGGCAAAUUAGAUACAUCUAUAGAUUCCUUUACUGUUGGCAAUAAGAAAGAAGAGAUAUAAGGUCAACCAGACUCAACAAGUUUCUUCGGUGCAAAACCUUUAAAACAAACUCAAUAAAUCUAGCCAGUUUAAUUUUGUCAAGGAAUUUAAUCAAGUGGAUUUUUGGGACAAAAAAAAUAAGAAGUAUUGAUAAACUCAAAUAGAGUUUUAUUAAAGAUCUCAGAGUUAAGGUAAAUCAAAAUGGAAUCUACUGAGGCUAAGAUAACGAGUUAACUUUAAAACAUCAAUCUUACAAUAUAAGAUGAGAAAUCUAAAUUUUGGGAUAACUUCUCCUCUGUUUAUGAUCAAUAAGUUACAAGAAUGGCAACUCAGCCAUUCAUAACUCUUUGCACCCAGGCAAAUACUUUCUAAUGUAAAAGAAUUCUAGAGGUUGCAUGUGGUGGUGGAUAUCACUCACUUAUGGUUGCAAAAACAAUGCUUUAAAAAGGAGGGGCAUUAGUAUCUUGCGAUUUCAGUGGUAAGAUGAUGGAACUAACCAAACAAAAAUAUGAUGAUCUAAAUUGGAGCUCUGGCUACACAGAUGUAGCUGGAAAUAAAUAUUAUAUUACUUCAGAGUCAUUGCUGCCUCUAGGAGAUCACUCAUUUGACCUUGAGGAGGAACUUAAGAAGCAUGUUGAAAAUGAAAAUGACAGAUUCGUAUUUGGUUGCCAAGCUAACAAUGAAUCUCUACCUUUCAAGGAUGACACUUUUGACUGCUAUCUGGCUAAUUUGUCACUUAUGCUUGUUGAUAAUCAUAAGAAUCAAUUAUCUGAGGCAUUAAGAGUUUGCAAAAAAGGGACAAGAUUCGCCUUUACUGUUUGGGGAAGUGAAGAAAAGAAUAAUAAUUUCAAAAUCCUUAAUAUGCUUAUUGAUAAGUUCAAGAUUGGACCUGCUGAGAAGCCAGUCAAAACAAACUUUCACAUUAGUUAAAAUAAGGAAGCAGUAAGAUAGGAAAUGAUUGAAAUGGGUUUUUCCAACAUCAAAAUGUGGUUCUAACCUAUGAACUUCCCUUAUCAAAACUUUGAAGAGUAUUGGGCAACUAUAUUUGGUUAACCCCCAGCUCAAGCAGCAAUGGCUAAAUUAGACGAUGAAGGAAGAAAACAAAUUAAGCUUGAAGCUGAAGAACUUUACCAUCAACUUCUAGGUGAAGGUGCUCUUGAUCCCGAUUGCUUUGAAGUGAUGAUUAUUCAACCCUCAACAGUAUAACUAGGAGCUCAAUCACAAAAUCAAACUCAAAAUGCUUUUUCAUUUGGACAAAGCUCAGGCAAUAACCCAUUGCUGAAAUAAUAAGCCUAACCAAACGAUCAACAAAAAUCCACUAAUCCAUUUGCAUUACUAAAUCAAAAUCAGAGUUCUUUAACUAAUACUACCUAAUCUACAGGUCAAAUUUUCGGUUAAUCUUAGAUAGGGGCUGCUCAAGUCUAAAAUUCCAAUAAUAUCUUUGGAAAGGCCAAUGAAGAAAUAAAGAAAGACUAGACUUAGGACUAGCCUAAGGAAUAAUAGAAGGUACUCUUUGGCGCAUCUGAUAAAUAACCAAGCGAUAUCUUCGAUAAAGGUGCAAACAAUUAAGAUCCUUUUGGCAAAUAAUCAACUCUCUUUACUGCUGGCAAUAAGAAAGAGGAGAUAUAAGGUCAACCAAACUCAACAAAUUUAUUCGGUGCAAAACCUUUAACACAAACUCAAUAAACCUAACCAGUUUAAUUUGGUCAAGGAAUUUAAUCAAGUGGAUUUUUGGGACAAAAACAAUAAGAGGUAGAUAAAACGAAGCAAGAAUAAGAGUAGAUAUAAUAGUAGCAGCAACCAAAAGCAAAUUUGUUCUAAGGAUCAGGUUUAAAGUUUGGAAUGAGUCAAAAUUAAGAUAAAAAAGAAGAAAUUCCCCCAUAAAAUUAAGAUAAAUAAUUUAAUUCAGUACCCUCUACUAUUUUUCAGAAGCCUGAUGCAUUUAUGAAUAAUUAAUAAACAAGCAAUUAAAAUAAGCCCCAGUAGAUUUCUAGUGGAUUUGGUCAACCAGCUUCUUAAUAAUAAUUUUAGCAAUUUUCUGCUCCAUAAAAAUAAGAUAAAGAAGAAGAAGAAAAAAAAUAAUCUUUAUAAUCUAUGAAUAAAAGUCCUUUUGAUAAAUCUACAAUCCUGAAUUAAAAUUAGAAAUAAGACGCUUAAAUGACUAACUUUUCUAGUUAAAACUCAGCUAAUUAAACUGAUGCUCAGAAUUAAAGAUAAGAUAAAUUUAGUGAUGAAUCUUUAAACUUUGGUGUUAAAGUUAAAUGUAAUUGCAGCGGAACCAAUUUCAAUUAGGAUAAAAAAUAAGCUCCUCUAGCAUUUGACUACAGCAACUAAUAUGAACUUUUAAUUGGUGGCCUCGGUGAUAGAGGAAUAGAGUCAAAUAUUUUGUAAAACAGCUAGUAAGAGAUGAAAUAAUUUAAUGUGACUAACCAAAGGAAAGCUGAUUUUCAAAGAGAGUUGUAAAGUUAUCUUGCCUAUUUUUAUCAAGUGCAAAAUCGUAAAGUGCUAAAUCAUUUUUAAAUUGCAGAAAGCUAUUAAGUAAUCUGA